CCGCUGCAGUUUGCAUUUUGGCUUCUGUCGGAGCAGAAACUGUAAAUGCAAGUUGUGAGACACGCGCUGACGCCUUCAAAGACCGCGAGAAAGGAAGUGCUCGGAUGUGACCGGAGCGUUACAAAAGAUGAUGGGAGCCGAACCUAUCUUUAUGUUAUUGUGGUAAACUUACAGGUAGCCUAAGAUCCGAUGCCGGAAAACAGACGAUCUGGUCAAGAAUCGAAGCUGAAGAACAUGGGCUGACAGCAAAUAAGCACUUUUCCAGUGUAAACCUUGUUCCAGCCCUGCCGUGUUAAAAUAUACUCAGCAUCCGCAAAGGUCGAAUCCCAUGGGGGAUGGAGGGGCUUUACUUUGAAGUGAAACCCAGGAAGCAGCCCGACAAGAGCCACAAUGGUGGCAGAAGCCCCGCCCACAGAACUCUGCUCAAGGUGCAGGACAGGCCACAGGAGGAGGAGGAAGUGGAAUUCCAGUACGCCCUUCUCCUUGUGGGUUCACUUCCUGUGCACCCGCUGACCACCAUGGCCAUGCUGCCCUGGGUGGUGGCCGAAAUCCGGAGACGCGGCGGCAGAGUGCUCCUCGGUGGGCGCACGCCCACGCCCGCCCCGCCCGCCCCGCCCGCUCUGCCCGCCCCUUGUAACGAGCCGGUCCACCUGCUGGUCUCUGCGCGCUCCGUGCGCUGUAUCCUGGACGCGAGACCCGGGCGCCCCUGGGACCCGCUGCACCACACCCUGCUGUUCCAGCACCGGCCGCACCGCGUCCACAAGCUGCUGCACAACAGCCAGGACCCCAGCUACUUCGGCUGCCUGACCCGCGAGGAGGCCCGCGGGGAGACCCGCUGCACCUGCUACCUGUUCCGCUGCCAAGACCACCGCAAGGUCCCUGAGAUCAUCAGCACACUGCGGCAGGCUGGGAAGACCUCAGCGCGGCAGGAGGAGGCCCCAGGGCCCCGCCCCCCGGACGGGGGGGCCCCCGAGGAUGAUGCCGCUGCUGCCGCCGCCUUCGCCAAGAAGUUUGAGGUGCUGUUCUGCGGGCGGGUGUGCGUGGCGCAGCGGAACGCGCCCCCCGCCCUCAUCGACGAGUGUGUCCUCAAGUUCCGGCACGCCGGCGGGGGGGGCCUGGCGGGGGCCUCGGCCAGCGCAGUCACCCAGCUGAAGCGCGCCCUCUUCCCCCAGCCGUCUGCCAACGGGGCCCAGGACACAGCGGGCGAUGCGGGGGCCGGUGUUGGGGCCGGUGCGGGGGCCGGGGGCCUGAAGACGGUGUUCUUCCGCCGGGACCCCAGCUUCCCCUCGCUGCAGGCACUGGAUGAGAACGGGGUUUCCCCCGAACUGCACAAGCAGGGCAGCAGCGCAGUGCAGCCCACCAGCAUCCAGGAGAACCGCACCAUGCUCUUUACGGUCGGAAAGUCUCAGAUCUUCCUGGUGAGCCCGGACACUAAGAAGGUGGCGAUGGAGAAGAGCUUCCGCGAGAUCUCCUUCUGUUCCCAGGGCAUCCGGCACGUGGACCACUUCGGCUUCAUCUGCCGCGAGUCGCUGGAGAACAACUGCCAGUUCGUCUGCUACGUGUUUCAGUGCACAGACGGGACGCUGGUGGACGAGAUCAUGAUGACUUUAAAGCAGGCGUUCUCUGUGGCCGCCCUGCAGAGGAACUGCAGGACCCAGGGCCAGCAGUGUGAGAGCUGCCCCAUGCUGCAGCUCCACCGACUGUGUGAGAAGAUUGAAGGGCUCCACCCGUCCCAGGCCAAGCUGGAGCUGCAGCGGAGUGUGGCCUCCCUGGACAGCGCAGAGCAGGCCUCCAUCUUUGAGAGCACCAUGAAAGCCAGACCCCGGACAGAGCAGGAGGAGAAUGAGCUGGUGAUGUCCAGCCUCCGGAGUCUUUAUGAAGAAAAGCAAAAUAACCACCAGCACAGCCGCAACGGUGACCUCACACAGGCUGCUCAGAGUGUGGCAGGAGAGGCUCCCAGCGAGGGUCACAUGACAGGAAGCCGGCUGCGUCUGGAGCAGCUGAAGACUCGUGCAAAACGCUCACUCACCGAGUCCCUGGAGGGCAUCUGGAAGGGCAGCAGUCGGCACAGAGCGCAGCGCGAGAACAGUGAGGACAGCAGCUCCUCUGACUCCAGCAGUGCCAGGGAGCCCCCCCUGGAGGAGUCGCUGAGCUCCUUGCUCCAGCCCUCCAGCCCACUGAAGGCGCACUGCUCCACAGGGGACCUGAAGCAGCUGGACACCUCGCUCCACGACCCCCAGCGCCCCGCCCUCCGUCGCCGUGCCAACACCUUCAGCCACCUGCCCUCGCCCAGCUCCGCGGAUCCCUCCGCCCCCCCCUUGCUCCAGGACCCCACCGCCGCCUCCAAACCCAAACUGGUCCGGCACUACUCCGUCAGCACCGACACGCCGCACCAGAGCAAAGACUCCACCUCUUCCUUGACCGUGCCUCCUGCCUCCUCCCCCACCUUCCUUAGACCCCUAAAGCACACCCCCUGCCCUGAGCUCGGGGGCCGGCCCAAGCGCAGUCCUCUCUCCUCCGCUCCGCUUGGGACUCUUCGCGCGCGGUUGCGCUCCUCUUCCUCAGUGCCCAGCUUCCUCAGGUUUCUGCCGGUGGUGUCAGAGAGCAGCUCUGGGACCUCUCAGCCUGGCAGUGACGUGGCAGCUCUCUCCAGCCCCUCUGUGAUGGGUGUGGUCGGCGAGGACAGUCCGCUGCCCAGCCACAGGCAGUCCUGGAGGCAGCAGAUCUUCCUGAGGGUGGCCACACCCCAGAAGACGUGUGACACGCCCCCCCGAUACGACGACAGAGGCGGGUCCUCGGGGGAGGUGACUGGUCCUGGGGGCGGGCCCAACGACGGCUCCCUCAGGAGGCUGGCAGAGGAGAGGAGGAAGAGGAGCGGGGCGGAGCUUCGGGAGCUCUGGAGGAAGGCCAUCCUGCAGCAGAUCCUGCUGCUGAGGAUGGAGAGGGAGAACCUGAAGCUGCAGGCUUCAGAAAGCGACCUACAGAACAAACGUCUCAAGUUGGACUACGAGGAGAUCACGCCAUGCCUGAAGGACGUGACGCUGGUUUGGGAGAAGAUGCUGGGAACAGCGGGCCGGGCUAAAGUACGGUUCGACAGGGAGGCCAUCCACGCCGCCGUGGGACAGGGAGUUCCUCGACAGCACCGCGGGGAGAUCUGGAAGUUUCUCUCGGAGCAGUACCUGCUGAGUCAGCGGGUCCCCAGCCGCCCCCCCGGGAACCACACGCCCUACAAGGAGCUCCUGAAGCAGCUGACGUCCCAUCAGCACGCCAUCCUCAUCGACCUGGGCCGCACUUUUCCCACGCACCCUUACUUCUCUGCGCAGCUGGGCCCGGGGCAGCUGUCCCUGUACAACCUGCUGAAGGCGUACUCCCUGCUGGACACGGAGGUGGGCUACUGCCAGGGCCUGAGCUUCAUCGCUGGGGUGCUCCUGCUGCACAUGGGCGAGGAGGACGCCUUCCACAUGCUCAAGUUCCUCAUGUUCGACAUGGGCCUACGCAAACAGUACCGCCCCGACAUGAUCAUCCUGCAGAUUCAGAUGUAUCAGUUGUCCAGGCUGCUGCAUGAUUAUCACCGGGAGCUGUAUGUGCACCUGGAGCAGCAGGAGAUUGGGCCCAGCCUGUACGCAGCGCCCUGGUUCCUCACCGCCUUCGCCUCGCACUUCCCCCUGGGCUUCGUGGCCCGCGUCUUCGACAUGCUGUUCCUACAGGGUUCAGAGGUCAUCUUCAAGGUGGCCCUGAGCCUGCUGGGAAGUCACAAGCCCCUGAUCCUGCAGCACGAGCACCUGGAGGCCAUAGUGGACUUCAUCAAGACCACCCUGCCCAAUCUGGGACUGGUGCAGAUGGAGAAGACCAUCAACCAGGUGUUUGAGAUGGACCUGUCCAAGCAGCUGCAGGCGUAUGAGGUGGAGUACCACGUCCUGCAGGAGGAGCUCCUGGACGCCCCCUGCACCCUCAGCCAGCAGCAGCGCUACGCCCACCUGGAGAAGGCCAGCAGCAGCCUGCGGCAGCAGAACAUGGACCUGCUGGAGGAGCUGCAGGUGGCCCAUGCUAAGAUCCACAGUCUGGAGGAGAGUGUGGAAGGCCUGCAGGGCAGUGAGGGCCGGCUGCAGCAGGAGGUUCAGUCCCUGCAGCAGGAGCGCGCCUGGCUGCUGGACACUGUGGCCUCCCUCCGGGCACAGCUGCCCCAAACCCCGAGCCCCCACACGGGACCCCCCACGGGACCCCUCACACACCAGGACCAGCGCUCCCCACACUGAUUUCAGGGACAGGGGUCUGCUGUGCCCAGCCCAUGGUACCUCCCGUCCCAGUGACGAUGCUGGGGGCGUGGUUUGUGUCACAUGACCCAAAGACCUGAUGAGAGCCGUCACUGGAGUGCUGUCACCCCCCCCCCCCCCAGCCCUGACCUGAGCCCCACACACAUCGGGCUGGCAUGGAGUUUGAGAAGAGAGGGGGGAGGGGAGGGGGAGGGGUUUGAGGAGAGAGGAGGGACCGAGGGGGUGGGGUUUCAGGUAUUAUCAUUAAGUCAUGCAGUGAGGUGCAGUAUUGUGGGGGGGGGGCAGAAAUGCAGGGGGAUGCAGUAUUGUGGGGGGGGGGGGGGCAGAAAUGCAGGGGGAUGCAGUAUUUUGGGGGGCGGGGGCAGAAAUGCAGGAGGAUGCAGUAUUGUGGGGGGGGGCUCUCUUGCCUGUGCUGAGGUCUGCAGCUCUGUUCCCCCGUGGGGGGGGUAAUGAUAAUGUCUGCUUUUUAGAGCAACCAAAGAAUGUGCCGACUGCACUCUGGCUGUGGGGCGUAGAUUCAUUUUGUGCAUCUGCUGAGGAACACAUGACGCUUCUGCUUGGAGCGCCUGCGUGUGUCCGCACACGCGUGUGCUGGGUGAACCCCGGUGAAUGGCGCACUUUGGGGGGGUGAAGCGCCCUGUGUCACGCGGAGUCUGUCACUGUGACCCAAAUCUGUCGCCACAUUGGGUGCUGUUAGGGGCGGGGCUCUGCAUUUACUGUUUUAAACUUCAAGCACAGCUGUCAAUCAUGAGAGACUGCGAAUGUGAUCCAGAUUACGUGUGCCGGCGGGUGUGGGUGUGUGCGUGCGUGUGUGUGUGUGUGUGUGUGUGUGUGCGUGUGUGUGUGUGCGUGCCAGCGUGUGUGUGUGUGCGUGUGUGCGUGCGAGCGUGUGUGUGUGUGUGUGUGCGUGCCAGCCAGCGCGCGCGCGCGCGUGUGUGUGUGUGUGUGCGUGCCUGUGCGUGUGUGUGUGCGUGCGUGCAUGUGCGUGUGCGUGCGUGUGUGUGCGUGUGUGUGCGUGCCAGCGCGCACGUGUGUGUGUGUGUGUGUGUGUGUGUGUGUGUGUGUGUGCGUGCCAGUGAGUGUGUGUGUGUGUGCGUGCCAGUGUGUGUGCGUGUGUGUGCGCGUGUGUGUGUGUGUGUGUGCGUGUGUGUGCGUGUGUGUGUGUGUGUGCGUGCCAGCGUGUGUGUGUGUGUGUGUGUGUGUGCGUGCCUGUGCGUGUGUGUGUGUGUGUGUGUGUGUGUGUGCAUGCCAGUGCGUGUGUGUGUGUUUGUGUGUGUGCCUGUGUUUGUCUUCCACACUGUGCUUUAAGUUUCCUUUCUGAAGUGUGACUCUUUGUACCAUGGCACAUGUUCAUUUUAAUAAUUAUUAUUGUUAUCAUUUGCAUAAACAUGCCUUUCAUAUCUGUUGAGUAAAGUCACAGUAGAGAUUUAGCUCUCCUUGUUUUUCAUGUUUGUGUUGCUCUCUCUUCCUGAAGGGUCAUUUUGUCAGGCUGCCGGUCCACCAUUUUGAACAUUGUGCAGGUGCCUUUGUAUACCUCUCAAAAAGACA